GGCUCAACGACGCGAGGACGCAACACAGGAGAAUCGUCGUGGCUUUCUCCGUUUGACGAAUAUCUUCUACGCAUGUACAUCGCAUGUGCACCGACGAUGCACGCAUUAGUGGAUACACGACGCGUGCACACGUACGCACGGCAUGCACACACGCGGUCAUCCGCCGCGAUAUACGCAUGGACGUGCAUGUGGAAUGCGGAAAAAUCAGCGCAAGAAGCGACGAGGGAAGGCUCGACAGAGUUUCCACGAGAGUUUUGACACCACCGAUCCCCGAAGAGCGGGGAGCGUUCCUAAAACUCACGUAGUCGUUCGUCGAAGUUUCUCAGAGACCACGACGACGAUGAUAAAGACGAGAACUAGACGAAUUGGCGAAUGUCGACGUCGACGUGGUCGAUGUUGGUGCAAUGUUGAUGCAGAUGACGUUAAUGAUGACGAUGACGAUGAUAACAACGAGGCGAGAGGAAGGAACGGAGAUUGACGUUCGUUCUCGGAACUACAUU